AUGGCGUGGAGCGGGUUCAGGGAGGCGGCGGCGGGGGAGAGCGGCCUGGAGCUCAGCCUCGGCCUCCCCGCCUACUUCACCAAGCCGGCAGCACCACCUGCAGGUCUGGACGGGCAGGAGUCGAGCGGCGCCGGCGCCGGUGAUUUUGCUCGCCAUCCUGAUGGAGGAAGCAACGGCUCCAAGGCCAAGCCGGCAGCAGCAGCAGCUCCGGUCGUGGGGUGGCCGCCGGUGCGCUCGUUCCGGCGGAACCUGGCCGCCUCCAAGCCGUCGUCGUCCAAGGAGGACGGCAGGGCAAGCAAAGACAAGGGCGCCGACGAGCCUGCGGGCCGGAAGGGCCUGUUCGUGAAGGUCAACAUGGACGGCGUCCCCAUCGGGCGGAAGGUGGAGCUCAAGGAGGACGGCAGCUACGCUGACCUCUCCGCCACCGUCGACAAGCUCUUCCGCAGCCUCCUCGCCGCUCAAAGGGACGCCGCCGCUGCCCCCGACGCGAUCGCCGGCGGCGAGUACACGCUGGUGUACGAGGACGACGAGGGCGACAGGAUGCUGGUCGGAGACGUCCCAUGGCAGAUGUUCAUCGUCACAGCGAAGAGGCUGCGAGGGCUCAAGAGCUCCGACCUGCCAGCCUCGUCGCUGACGGCGGCCGGGAGCAGGAAGAGGCCGGCGGCCGCGGCUGACGAGGGUUAA